UUCUAAGAUGCGGUAAUAUGAAUCUUGAAGGGACGUUAUGUGAAAAUAUCGCGUCCAGCAUGGACAAACUCGUACAGUUGCAAGCAGCACUACGAGCCAUCGAGACCGGCCAACGACUCGAAUCUGUGGACGGUGUGCUAGUCCGACAGGUAUUACAGCAGCGUCAAGCCCAACUACAACAAUCAACACCAGAACCAAACACACCGGAACUUUAUCGAGAACUUCUGGCGUUGCGAAAGACUAAGGCAAACAGAAAUGUAAAGCAGAAUACCCAGCCUACAGAUGACAGCGGCAAUAAUGAAGCUCCGAGGCCAAUACCAAGAAUAUCACCAAAGAAACCUACAGCUGUACGUCGUACGGUCGAUUCUCGCCUUGAAUCUACUCCCUCAUCACUCCAGCGCGCCAUCAGCAACAAUGACAAGAACGUAGCAGAGGAAUUGGCUGUGAACACAACAGAGACGAUUGAGCUGAUGCAGACAGCUCUAGUCACUCGAGAGAAGGAGUUGCGGCGCUCCGAGAAGGCUGUGAAACGAGCGGAUGCAGAAGUACGCGAGGAACUCGUUCGUGCCGAAAAGAUCCUGCCGUCCAAAUUCCUCUUUGAACGGAACCUCGCAAAUGAUCGACAACUGGAGGCUGCACGCAACGUAUUAACUCGCUUUCAACACCGCUUCUUUAGGCUUUACUUUCAUCGUUGGUGGGGAAUCACACUAGAACUGCGACUGCAAGCCCAACGUCGAGCGGCAAUGCAAAUCAUUCGCGUCUAUCGUGGACAUCAAGCACGACGAGAAGCACGACGACUGCGUAAAGAACUCAACGCAAUGCAAGCUCAGAAACGCCAGCUCUUAGCUUUCCGGAUCAAAUACCGCUGCAGCCAGGCUGUAAAACUUCAGAUGGUGUGGCGCCGCUAUCUUCGACAUCGUGCCAUUAAGUACCGGCAAGCACGACAAGCUGCUGCUACUCUGCUACAAAGAGCGUUUAGAACACGACAAUGGCGCAGUCAGUCGCUGGUUAAUUCACUUGCCAACGCACGCAAAGUGUUCGCAGUUGUGAGCUUACAGAAGCUUUAUAGGGGGCAUCGAGCACGACGUAGACUGAGAGAAUCUAGACAACGUCAACGACAGGAGGAGCGAGUGCAGCUUGCAUUGCUACGAAGUAUGUCAAAACAAGCUCGUGCAGCUUGGGUGGUCGAGAGACGUGGAGCCGGAUAUUUGAUAGCUCAUCGAGCCAUUUUUCCUUACGCUAUGCGGAUGCGAUGGCAUCGUUUACUUGGUCAACUAAGACGUCAGCGUGCAGCAAAGUGUAUUGCUAAAGCUGUUUGUAACUGGUUCGGCGUCAAAGGGAGACGUGAAGCUGCACGAGUUAAGCUGGUUAAUGAGUGGAUGUUACUGGUACAACGCGAGAAUGAACGUUCGCGCUGUGCUGCUGUGCUUAUCCAAAAACAAUUACGAAGGUGGAUCCAGCAACGCAAGUAUCUCAUGGCUCAAGCUAGACGUAAGAAAUUUGCUAGACGGACUCGACUUGCAGAGAAAACUCGUAAAAUGGAGCAAUUGCAGCAGAAAAAUUCAGGAUGGCUGGGUGUGGACAAGAGAACGCUUGAAGCAGGGAGUUCGCCUACUCGAAUAAUAACACUACUGAAGCCAAACCAACUUAAGGAACUGAGGUGA